UUUACCAGGAAUGGAAAUGACAGCACUGAACAUGUACAUGAACAUGAACAUGCAGCACAGAUCAUUUUAGCUCUAUAAGAUACAGGGUGCGGAGCACGAGCACGCGCAGUGACACGGGCACGCGCGCUCAUUCUCCCCAGAGCACCGGAUUGGGAGCGAGGCCGCGCAGUGACACGGGCACGCGCAGUGUGAGGUAGCGGCGGAGUAGCGCUUCGUGCUGGUGCGGUUUAGUCGCAAGUGCUCUCCUCUACACCGCGGAAACGGCUUUUAAAGUUUAGCUCGGGUUUUCUUGGACAGGCAGGCCUGGCAGCACCGAGAACACGCACACAAGAGACGUGAGGAUAGAUAACCUUAAAAGAUGUGGAUCCUUUCAGCCUGCGCAUUCUGAAUCCCAGCGCACACACAUACACAUAUACUGUGAAUCAUGUCUGAGAUGGAGGGUCGCAGUGAUUCAGGCCUAGCCACAGGACAGGUCUAUGUGGAAGUGGAGUAUGAUUAUGAGUACAAGGCCAAAGACAGACUCAUUUCCAUACAUCAGGGCGAGUGCUACAUGCUGGUGAGGAAAACCAACUCUGACUGGUGGCAGGUGAGAAGGGAAGAUGGCACUAAGGCUUUCUAUGUGCCUGCGCAGUAUGUGCGUGAGGUGCGGCGGGCGCUCCAACCACCCCCCAAACCGCGCAUCAAGCCCCCCAUCACCCUGCCUAUCACCCUACCCACAACUCAUUGCUCCUCAGCCAGUGAAAACCUGCACCACCGGGCACCAUCGGAUAUGGUCAGCUUCGGACGGCCGCCGCCUUCCAGCACGCCUUCCCCAUUACCAGAGCAACAUACUCCGCCCUUACUGCUGAGGGACUCCAAUCAGAAUGCAGGGAUGAAAGACGUGCUCGCAGAGCUCGCUCUGCUCAACAACAACAACCACCAUCAUAACCAUCACCAUGGCAACGCAGUGCUGCUGCCGCGCACCAGGCCCGAGUCGCCAUCCAAGGAGCCGCCAGGUUGCCGGGGGAAACCCCAAGGAGUGUCACCGUCAGAUACAGACGGAUCAUCGCCAGGAAACGGCUCAGAGGUGUUGCGUAACGAUUCGGAAUCAGGAGACGAGCUGAGCAGCAGCUCCACAGAGCAAGCACAGACAGUGUCUCCUGUUGGCCAUGGUCGUCCAGAGUCCCCUGUCUACACCAACCUGCGGGAGCUGAAGGUCUCUCAGUCAUCCUUACCUCCUGUUCCCUCGUCCUCUCCUCUGCAUGUACUGGGGGAUUGGGAGACCCAUAAGGACGUGAACGGAAGACAUUUCUACUACAACAAGACCACCCAGGAGAGGACGUGGAAACCACCACGCUCUCGGGACACGACCGGGGGCAGCCGAGGAGACACCGCCACCACCACUGACAUGGAGCCGCUGUCCUCUGAAGAGAACUGCCUGAGCACACACUCCAGUCAGUCAGACAGUCAAUAUGGUUCGCCCCCUAGAGGCUGGUCAGAAGAACUGGAUGAACAUGGCCACACUCUUUAUGUGUGUGAAUACAAUAAUGAGAAGUGGAUAAAGCAUGUGGAUGAGCAGGGCAGGCCAUACUAUUACAGCGCUGAUGGAUCUCGCUCUGAAUGGGAACUUCCUAAAUACAGUCUCCCUUCUCCAAAUACCACUGAAGUUCCAAAAAGUCGCAGUUUGGAAAGGAAGCAGCCAGAGCCAAUAGUCCUGACCAAAUGGCGAUAUAGCACCUUUGUAGACCUCAGUGACAAGCUGUCAGUCAGAAAUAGGCGCUUCACCUUGGGACACGUCUCCAGAGGUUUUGGCCUAUCGUUGUACAGAUAUCAAGAGUCUGGGACCAACAAACAUAACUCCCCUGACUCUGACUCCUGUCCUUCUUCACCUAAACACUCCUCUACACUGUCAGAAAAAUGUGGAGUCCUCAAUGUCACCAAGAUCACUGAGAAUGGAAAGAAAGUCAGGAAGAACUGGACCUCGUCCUGGACGGUACUGCAGGGUUCCACGCUGCUCUUUGCUAAGGGUCAGAACAGUGCCACCAGCUGGUCGUACUACCGCAAUGGCUCAUUCCCUGAGCUCCUCCUCUCGUUGCUAAGCAACUGGAAGCGUUCAGUUAAGCCCCGCCCUGCAGUCUCCUAUAAACACUUUGGGCCUUAUUCUUUCGGAGGAAACCAGUCGAAGCCAGAAUUUGCUGUGGACCUUCGUGGAGGCUCAGUGGAGUGGGCAUCUAAAGAGAAGUCCAGCAAAAAGCAUGUUAUUGAGCUAAAGACACGUCAGGGCACAGAGCUGCUGAUCCAAUCAGAGAUAGACAGCGUCAUCACCGACUGGUACAGGGCUCUCACUGAGGUUAUCAAUACACACGCCUGGGAGUCAGAUGAGGCUAUUGAAGAGGACAUGCCCGAGUCUCCCGGAACAGAGAAACAAGACAAAGAAAAAGAGCAUAGAGAUUUCAAAAAAAGCAAAGUAAUGAAGAGUGCCACUAUGGAAUCAGCCGAUCAGAAGAAGACCAGAGUCAAGCUUAAGAAAUUCCUCACACGACGACCGACCUUACAGGCUGUUAGAGACAAAGGCUACAUUAAAGAUCAGGUGUUUGGAUGCAGUAUGACCAGUCUCUGUUCCAGGGAGAACACCUCUGUACCCAACUUCGUCCGAAUGUGUAUUGAACAUGUGGAGAGCACAGGCUUAAAUGUUGAUGGAUUGUACAGAGUCAGUGGAAAUCUGGCUGUCAUUCAGAAACUGCGCUUUGCUGUCAAUCAUGAUGAGAAGGUGGAUCUAGCGGACAGUAAAUGGGAGGAUAUCCAUGUGAUCACUGGUGCUCUGAAAAUGUUUUUCCGGGAGCUUCCAGAGCCCCUUUUCACCUAUUCCUCCUUUAAUGACUUUGUUAAUGCCAUCAAAAACUCAGACUACAAGCAGCGAGUUCAGGCCAUAAAAGAUUUAAUCAAGCAGCUGCCAAAGCCAAAUCAGGAAACAAUGCAAGUCCUAUUCAGACACCUGAAAAGAGUGGUAGAACAUGGAGAGGCGAACAGGAUGACAACUCAGAGCGUGGCCAUUGUGUUUGGCCCGACCCUCCUGCGACCUGAGACCGAGACCGGCAACAUGGCCGUCCAUAUGGUCUACCAGAACCAGAUUGUAGAACUGAUCCUCCUGGAAUAUGACAACAUAUUUGGCAGGUAGAGCCCCUGUGGACUGUACACUCAUGCGCUGCUUCUCCAAAAAUAAUGCCAAACCAUGACCACUGCAGAAUCCAUCAUGUAAAAGCAAAGGCAUGCUUCAUUUGCUGUGGACCAGGCUUACUACUCAACAUAUAAAGAGAAGAAUAUCUGCAUUAUAACAUUGCUAAGUGGUUGAAAUAACACAAGAAUAUUAAAAGGUACUUCAUGCACUUCAUGCUUUUGGACUUUGAAGCUGAGCGUCAUGGAAUAUGAGGAUAUUUCAAGUGUAUGUAUAUAGUGAAUACUGAAGUAAACCUGAAACUGGAUCGGAGUUUCUUCCCAGUUUGGGCAAAUCUGCACUUCUGAACAUUUUCCUGAAAUAACGUGAAUAUAGAGCAUUAUGAAAAGCAGUAUUGUUUCUCAACAGCUGAUCUGUGGAGGGAAAGUGAGCCAUUAUUCUAUAUAAAUAUGGUUAAUGGCUUAAUGUCAGUAUUACACAUUACAUAAGUGGACCCUGAGAAGGAUUUACAUGGCUUACUAGACUUGUUUUCCUCCGGCUCCGCUUACCGAGCUUAUACUGUCUGCCAUUUUGAUUGCAAUCCCUCAAUCUCAUUCUUUGAUGGAACUGGAAAGAUUUGCUUCCAUUCUCCACAACUGACUACUGGAUUACGGACCUGUUCAUCUCCUUGUGACAGCAUCUCACCCAAUAGGGUCACUAAAGGCUCUGUGAGCUCUGAGGAACUCUCCAUUGUAACUCUGUGAUCAAAUAACUGGACUAUGGCAAUAUUAGGACAUGGAGGUGGAACCAUAGUCAGGGGUUGUUCUCUGUUAAAUGACUAAAUUAUACAGGUCAACAUGAUUUAAAAUUUGGUUAGGUUGUUCUUAUUUUCCCCGUUACAUCUUUCUUGCUAGCCAUUGCUUUUAUUUUAUUUUUUCUAAUUCUUCCUCCUUACACUCCUCUCCCCCUACUUUCCCACUCCUGCGUUACUGGAAUUUGAAAGUGGAGAUGUUUGCGUUCAGUCCUGAUACUCGUGUUUCAGAUCAAUAGAUCUCCCCACCUACUUUUCUCUCUGUACAUCUCUACAUCAGUAUGAACAGAAAAAAGGCAGGGUUGUACAGGAAAUAGUGUUUAUGGUAUGGGCAUGCUGCACAUGCUUUGUUCAGGUACACAUUAUGAAAAGCCUUUUUAUACAGGAGUUCCAAAAUAUAUGUACAGAUUAUGGUUAAAAGAUUUUGAAAUCUUUUGAAGUGUGAAAGAUUUCCCUAAUAUUGUAUAAUAAAUAUUAGAGUAAUAAAUGAGAUAUUAAUUGCUUCAGAUGAAAGGUUGUAUUGCAAUGCAUUGUGAACAGCACAUUUGAAUGUAAUUGUGAGACUAACUACUGUUUCUGACAUUGACAUGUCUAAUCCUAAUUAAAAAGAAAUCACAUGCAAACUA